AUGUCACCGACAAUUUCAGCGGCUUCCAAGGUCACUACGUCUCCAAGAAAGAAAAUCUUGGCGGAGAGGAACGGGCCAGUUCGGGCUUCAUCGGUCUCAUUCUCCGAUUUGAAAAGCUCGUGUUUGAAUCCAACAGUGGAGGAUCCAGAGCACAUGAAGGUAGGCCUUGCCCCUCAUCUGGUUUUCACAACACCGAAAACCCAAAAAGACAUUUGUUCAAAGGAGCUCUUGUGUUCCAAAAACGAACCAGAGGAACCUGUUUGUGUAAAUGCCUCUGAGGAACCUGACUCGGUUAAUCUUGACCCGAGUUUCAAGAUCAGUCCUCCACCUUGUUGUCCAAAGUCCAGUCCGGUCAUAGAACCCCUUGAUGAUGAUCCCUCUGCUCCUCCUUACGAUCCUAAAACGAAUUAUCUUUCUCCAAGGCCUCAGUUCCUUCAUUACAGACCCAACCCAAGAAUUGAAUAUUAUCUGAGUAAGGAAAGAGAGGGCAAGAGACUUGAGGAUAACUUCAUCUCUGGAAGCUCUUCGGACACUGAUACUGCUGAGGAAACUCAGUCUGAAUAUUCUCAGAAGGAAUUGGAAGAUGUUACUUCUGAUGCAGUAGUAAAAGAGGAACAGCAGCUACAAGAAGAAAAUGAAGAAGAAGAGGAAGAAGAGGAAAAGCAGGGGGUCAAUGUGUCUGAACCACGCGACAUUAGCACCACCAACAUUUUUAUGUCAAAGGAGGAGGCUGCUGAAGUAAAAUGGUCCUCCAAGACAGGCUUCUUUUGGAAAUCAAAGUUCACUGCUUUGCUUCUAUUGUUGGUAGUUGCUUUUUUGUCAGUUUCAGUUAUUCAUUCACCAGAAAUUGAUAGUUCUGUGCUUAAAGACUUGAACUUUUUGAAGGAAUAUGACCAGUCUGAAGUGGCUGAAUUUGCUAGAUCAAGUCUUGAUGGGUUAGCUAGAAAUUUUCGGGUUUGGUCUGCUAAUUCUGUCUCUUUCAUUUCUGAGUUGAUUUUGCAUCUCCGAGGUGCACACGAUUUGGGCCCCUUGCAGUAUUGUAAUUUGACUGAUUUAAUGGAGGAUGUACGGGUUGAUGGAUACUCUGUGUUUGAUCACAGUGACAAAGGAAAGGAAAGGAAGUAUGAGUUUGAUUUAGUUGACAUUGAAGCCUUGGGAGAGAAGGGUCAGACAGAGAUUGGUGCAGCUGAAAACACUGUAGAAGUACAUGCUGAUCCAGAAUAUGAAGAACAAGUUAAUGAAGAGGCUGAAACACCUGUUGAAAUCCAAGUUGUGGAAGAAAAGGGUCAGCCAGAGAUUGGAGCAGUUGAGAGCACUGUAGAAGUAGCACGUGUUGAUCCGGAACAUGAAGAACAAGUUGACCAAGAGGCUGAAGCAGCUGUUAACAUUGAAGAGGUUUCAGAAGGAAACAAUAAUUUUAUUUCUGGGGAAGUUGUACUUCAGUCUGCACAUGCUGAUUUAGUUGAACUAGAAAGUUCAAAAGUUGAGCAGAGUCAAGAAGAAAAUGUUGGUGCUGAUCACAUAGACAGCGAGCCAGAAAGUAAUGUAAGCAUGAGGGAGGAGAUAGUAUUGAUUUCACUAGCAGAAAAAGUUAACACUGUAGUUUCUGGAGUCCAGGAGCUCCAGCUUGAAAGUGAAAUGAGUACUGGUGCUGAAGUAGAGUCUUUCAAGGAUCACAGUCCUAUAAGCCCAAAAGUGGAUGCUUCAUGUGUGAAUGUUCAAACUUCAGAAGAAGUGGAUCUUACCGUUGAUGAGACUGAAUUUAAGGUUUCCAUGGUGACUAUGCUGGGAAUUGCUUCGUUGGUUUCUGCAUUAAUCGGAUCCACAGCCUUCAUUUAUGGAAAGAAAAGGAAGAGCACAGCCUCAAAUCCUGCUAUCUCUGUGGUUCAACCAUCGCUGACUAAUAAACUGGAUGAAAGUCCUACUGUGCCAUUUAGCACUGAGCACACUUUCCAGGAAGGACCCUCUUCUUGGAACUGGAUCGGAGAGCCAUGUCCUUCUGAAAUGAGCAACAUCCAAAAGAGCUCAUCGGAGCCUGCCAAUUUGUCUAUAAUUUCUAUUUAUCCAGCAAUUAUUUGGACAACAAGGCCACCUAAACCUAUAUUUAUCUAG